AUGGCAACGCAACAGAUCCUGUUUGCGGAGACGAUUGCCGGCAUGAAGAAGGCUUUUAAGAGGAAAGCUUAUGAGUCUGAUUCCGAUUCUGAAGUUGAGAGCUUCACCAACCGAGGACACAAGCUUCAAAAAAGAGCACGAUUUGCACACAAAGGGCAAUUGGCGCCGACUGCCGGCCCAAGUGCGUAUAAAGAGGCUGUCGACUACGCCGGCGUCCGACGAAAUAUUCUAUAUCGGAACCCACCUCUAGUGGACGACGAGGGUUAUGAAAUACUGAGCGACGACGACGAUGACCGAGUAGAAGAUGCUGAAUUGGCCGCUGCCGAACUCAACCCAUACUCCAACAUUCUCCUGGAUCAUAUUCUCGCACCUCUUACCGCGUCGACCGAUCUACCACAUCACCCGACACUCUCCAAACCUUUCACUUCGAAGACUCUCGAUGAGCUCAUCCAUCAAAGCUGCACUCUAAUGCGGAAAGAGAACCAAUCAUUGUGGGAGGUAAGGCAUUUGUGGACCUCGCUUUGUGGCGAUGGUGUCUGGAUGCCUUGCGAAACAAUGGUAGGCUCGAACGACAUUGAUUUAUACUCGGACGAGCAUGUGGCUCGCUUCCUACAGAUUUUGUCCAAUGGCGGAGGUAAAGGAUCGCCUACAGUCGUCGUGAAUGGGGAGUCGAACCCUCAUAUUACGAAGAAUUCAAUAGGUGUGACCCAGAACCAACUGCUGGAUGGCACCAGUGCAGAUGGUGAUGUAUCCAUGGCGGAUGCUGCCGGCGCUGGCGAAGAAGAAAAGGGCAAGGAAGUAACGAGCACCAAGGAACCGACGGAGGAGAAAGCCAUCGGUGGAGAGUCAAAACAAACAGAUGACAAAGAAGGGAGUACCAAUACCAAUACAAAUGGGAAUGGUGAUGCCCAAAGCAAAGAAAAUGCAAAGGACGCAGGACAGCUAAGCAAUGCACAAAAGGAGCAAGCUGGGCCGCUUCUCGCAUCAGAAGCAGAUGAGGCAUCGUUUGUACACCCCAUGUUUCUUCCGCCAGCUAGUGCCAAACCCGACAGGAACAUGGGCAUUCCGGAGAAUGAAGCUGAGGAUAUUAGACGGCUACUGGCACUUUACGUGCAAAAACAAGAAGAGGUGACCAGAGGGGCAACCAGGCUACACCAGGGUCUGUUGCGGGCUGAGAGGCUCCGCAGCAAUGUGCUGCAUUGGGCCAAAGCAGAAGCACAUUGUGGACCAAAUAGGGACAUGUCUGACGGCGAAGAUUGGUACGAUAAAGAGGAAUGGGGGCUGACGGAAGAUUUAAAGAAGGGCCAAGAUGAGGAGGAGGAGGAUACGACGACAACGGGGAAGAAGACCAGAAACCGUCGAACAUAG